AUGUCGUCUCCAUACUCACCAACUCGUCCCUGGCCAACUCUCAGCGCCAUUGACCGGGAUCACGAGUCGGGAAUCCUCUACGAGGAGGAACGCCAGCAAUGGUUGCAACAGCAUCCAAAUGUUGUUCCUCAAACCGCAAAGAGGAGUGCCAACAAGAGUCAGCGCGCCUUUCCAGACCGAGGCCCUAGCAUGGCUAAAGGCCUUUGUGAUAUUGCGGGACGCGGUGCAGCUCGUCGCAAUGGAACCACUGUGAACAAGAAUGAUGCAUUUACCAAGCCAUUGCCACCCAUUCCUCAACAGGAAACCCGUCAGCCGGCCACCACAGUUGGUGAGGAGGGCUUUUUCCAAGGCUCUAGGCGCGAUAUCAACAAGAUGAGCGUUUAUUAUGUGCUUGACAGAUCCAACAUGCAAGGCCACCACGGCGAAACCUCAUUUGCUCAACAGGAAGCCUCUCAGCCUGCUAUGGAAGUGGGCCAGGCGGCAGUUGUUGAUGGCCCUGUCCACUCGAGUGAAAAGAUGAAACCGAAUUUGCUUCUCGAGCAAUGCACACUGCAAGGAUACGAAGACGAGACUCCAUCUACUCAACCCACUGCAUCUGAGCCGGUCCCGCCACCCGUUUCGUAUUACUGCCGCAGUGUCCAGGCUACCUACGCCAAUGGCUCCUCUGAUUCCCAUCACUCGGCUCAUGCUACUCCAUUUGCUGCUCCUGCGUUUGAGGCACCUGAUGCUCAAGCCAGUCCCGGUUCCCAUCGCAACGGUUAUAGUUCAACCUCGUGGUACGAAGUUUCUCCCACUGGCCACGAAUCUUCUCCGGAUGCUCAGGGUACAGUGCCUCGCAGCACCACUCCAGUGCCCGAAAUCAAGCAGGAAAAUCAAACCACCGACAUGGGGGCAUCGAUUGAUGAACUGAUUGCCUUGAUCGAUGAGGAAAAAGAAACCUACCGCCUUGCAAAUGGAAAUCACUCCCCAGGAACUUCAUCUGCUGAUUGUCUCGCUCCCCCCAAUUCAGCGUCUACGGAUAUCUACCAUGUGGACCAACAUUGUCUUGCCUACCAGACUCCUGACUUCUUCAUACGUAACACGGAGAGUCCUCUAUUUGUGAGCCCCGGCAGCAUUUACGAAGCACCUACACGCGACGUUGCACCUAGAUCGCCUGUCUUCUCCCCGACUGAUGUUCCAUCCCCUUGCCUCAUGUGGUCGCCGUCUCCUGUUCGUUCCCCUUAUCCCAAGGGAUAUUGGUCUUCGGAUGAAUCUGAACCUGAAACUGCUGCAUCCCCUGAGCCCCAAUUUGAUCGGGGAUGUUCUGGUUCCGAUGCGCCUCUGCAAGAGUCCCCUGUGUUGCCUUCGUCUCAUUAUCAGGCCGCUUCUCUUCAAGGAGAUUCCACUUGGCGUUCGGACAACUCCAACGGGGUUGACACUGGGAUUAGUCCACACCUUGGACAAAUAUAUGUUCAGGAUCACACUACUCCUGAUUCGCCUCUCAUGGAUACACCUCCAUCUCCAGCUCAAGCUCCUCCUUCUCCUGAGCGUCGUCCCAGUGAUCUUCGUAAAUAUUCCUAUGCCGGUGCGCCUCGCGUUGGAAUUUAUCCAUCUGACGUCCCCCAAGAUCCCCGGCCUACGCAGGUUAAUUUCCCCCCGGAUUACGUUUCAUCCCCUACCAGCCACCCAUGGCUCGGAGAGUAUAGAGCCUGCAUGGACCAGCAGCCUCUUGAGCAACCACAAUUGGACGUGACGAAGCAGAAAACUACCUUCACCAUGGAUGUCCCCAUCCGCGACGUUUCCCAGCAUCAGACAACCGUUCACGGGUCUGAGUCUACCAAUGGUGAACACAGCCGCGCAGCUUCCUUCGUCAGCAAUGAGUCCAACGCCAGCAGCACCCCCAGCGACGCAACUAUGAGUCGUGUCACCCAAAGCCCUGAUGCCUACAGUUCUCAAGGCUCCGAAGACUCUCGUGGAACCAAGCGCAAGCGAUUUACCAAGAACCUCUUUGGCAAGAAGGGAUACCUUGAGAACAAUGAGGAGCCACGCGACAAGAGAUUCCGCCUUUUGAAGGAGGCCAUCGACAAGGGACAAUCAACCAUUGGCAGUAUCAAGGGAAUGUUUUGGGAUGACAAUCGAGUUUUGGUCAGCUCAUCCAAGCCCAGCAUCCUCACUGAAAACACUGCCUCCAUUACUCUGAACACCGAGGUGCAGUCAAUUCUGUACGCCGAGAUUGAGAACAUGAUCACCCACGCGGCCAACGAAUUCCUGAUGAAGGAGUAUUAUGACGGUCGUCUCACUACUAGUUCUCUCAACAAGGUGAAAAGAAGAUGGGAGAGGAAGCACAUGCCUGGUGUCCCUCAAUUCCGUUUCGACCAAACUACCCAGUACAAGCUUAUCAAAGCAAAUCGCGACCAUCUCAAAUUCGGCCAAACCAGCAACGGCCUUGGCUCGAACACCGUUCUGAGAAACUGGAAAAAGAUCUGCAAGAAUAUGAGCAUCCGCACCUUUGUGGCUCCCGAUUUGGUCAUCAAGAAGCAAAUCCACGAUAUCCUGGAUCUCUUGGAGAUCCUGAAGGCCGAUGAAUGCCACAUUGAGCUGAUUAUGGCCCUCAAUGCGCACGUUCGUGGAGAGCUGAAGAAGCACGAGGUGAUGCAGCACUACCGAGAGACUCAGGACUCCGGAGACUCUUGCUCUUAA